GCAAUCACCCACGCGACGAUGAAACCCACUCGGUCGCUCUAUCGGAUACCACAGUGCCUCGUGUGCGCCAUACCUACAUCGAUGACACCUACGGCACCAGCUUGCCACCCGAUCUACUCGCCUUCCCGGCGCGCGUGCCGCCAACUUCACCUUCCAUGCAGUCAUCGCACAGCAACAUACCCGAACAAAUUAUCUACGGCAUACGCUCGCCACCGCUUACCAGCCCCGUUUAUGCGCAUAUGACGCCGCAUGGCAUCUAUGGCACCACGACCAUCGCCGCCGCCACACCGAACGGUUUCAUGACACUGCAGCAUCCGAAGUCGCGCAACUUGGCANGCCCACAACAACAGCAAUCACCCUUCCUGCCAGCACCCGUUAUGUACUCACCAACCACAGCGGUGGUGAUGAAGCAAGGCUAUAUGACGAUACCACGCAAACCACGCGUACCCAGCUGGGCGCCAUCUACUUCCACCACAAAUCAGACACAGCUAAGCGAAUUCCAGUCGCCCACAUCGCCAAAUCCGAGCGAAACUGGCACCGCCACAACAGCUGAACUGCAAUCGGAGCCAGUCUACGACAAUCUUGGACUGCGCACAACUGCCGCUGGUAAUUCGACGCUGAACUUGCACAAAGUGCAUCCGGAAGUAAGUAGCUGCGCCUCCACAUCCUCACGCUACACAAUGCGCGAUCGCCCACUGCCGGCCACGCCGAGUCUAACGUCGGUGGCGUCGAGCACAGCAGCCAUGCAGCAGCAGCAACAGCAGCAACAGCAGCAGGCACAACAAGUGCAACAACAGCAGCUACAGCAACAGUCGCAACAACAAAAAGCUGUACCCAGCACUUCAGCAGCGGCAGCGGCGGCGGCGGCAGCAGCAGCAGCAUCUGCAACGGCUUCAAAAAUUUACGAACCCAUACAUGAGCUGGUGAAUAAUAAUCAUCACCUGACGACGACCUCCGACACAGAGCCGCUUUAUGGCACUGCGCGACAUCACAACGGUCUCACCAUUGUGCCGAGUGUCAACAAUGUUAAUAAUGGUGGCAGCAGUGUUGGUGCCUCUAAUACAACUGCGGGCGCGAAUGCGUCUACCGGCGAGCCUACGAAAGUGGCGAAAAUACCGCCACGUCCACCACCGAAGCCCAAGAAGAAGAUGUCCGUGACGGCGACACGCGGCGGCCAAGGCAGUACCAGCCAGCUGUUCGAUGAUGAGGGCGAGGAUGGCACAGAGGUUUAGUUGCAAGUACACAAAGGCGGCGGUGGCGGCGGCGACGGCGACGACUGCAACUACGAUGGCACGAACGCCAGCUAAAACUUCUUCAAACUAAAAAUGGCUGAAUGGUAACUAAAAUUUAAGGCAUUUCGUGGGCAAAAGUUAUGUGUAUCCAGUAGUGGGAAAAGCAGAAAAGCAAAAUAAUAGAAAAAUGUGCGUGUGGUAUGUAUGUAUGUAGGUGGUAUUACUGUGUACUCGUACUACAUAUAUACGUGCUUAUGUAGAUGAAUAGGUAUGCCAACAGUAGUUAGUUGGGGGG